ACAACUAUGGCUGAUAGAUACUCCUUCUCCUUAACCACCUUUUCCCCAAGCGGCAAGUUGGUGCAAAUCGAAUACGCAUUGAACGCCGUCAAACAGGGAAUCACGUCGUUGGCGAUUAAAUCCACAAAUGGGAUUGUUCUUGCGACUGAAAAGAAGUCCAGCUCGUCGUUGAUCAAGCUAGACGACCAGCUCAAAAUAGAAACCUUGACCCCGAACAUCGGAUGCACCUACGCCGGGAUGGGUCCGGACUUCCGCGUCUUGUUGGACAAAUCGCGCAAGGUCUCCCACACCAACUACAAGCGCAUCUACAACGAGUACCCAUCCACCAAGAUUCUCGUCGAUGAAAUCGCCAAGAUCAUGCAGGAGGCGACCCAAUCCGGGGGCGUCAGACCAUACGGGGUGUCGCUUUUGAUCGGUGGCUUCAACGAGCACGACCAAACCUACCUGUUGUAUCAGGUUGAUCCAUCCGGCUCCUACUUCCCGUGGAAGGCCACCGCCAUCGGCAAGAAUGCCACCGCGGUCAAGACGUUCUUGGAGAAGAGAUGGAACGAAAAUUUGGAGAUCGAAGACGCAAUCCAUAUCGCCUUGUUGGCCUUGAAGGAGAGUGUCGACGGCGAGUUGACCGGCGAAAACAUCGAGUUGGCCCUCAUCAGCGAGCCUAACGACGACAUGUUGGGCUUCAAGGGCACCGAUAUGAGCGGCCCAAGGUUCAGAUUGUUGAGCGCCGAGGAGAUCAACGACAGAUUGGAAGCUUUGUAGAGGCGAUGCCAGUAUAUUCUUCAAUGUAUAUUACCGUUAGUUUAAGUGUCGUUUGUGCCAGAAAUAGCCAAGUUAGAACCGUUAAUGCUAAUGGUUGAGAGUAUUCCAUUUCGCAUUGUCAUUUUUGCUUUAUUUGCGAAACGGUAUUAGGAAAGAUUAAUUGUAAUAUCUAGACCGAGGCUGAUAUUUCCAGUCUUGCCCAAUCUUUAUGUCCACUACUAUGGCUUCCCCAAAAGAGCACUGAUUAAAGUCACACCACACUUCAUAACCAGUUCGCCUAUGCACCUCUUUUCCUUGUUUCAUUUUCAUGCCCCA